ACACUUUCAAUCCUGGCCCGUAACAUCCGCAUACGGGACCCAUCCAUGUAUUUUCUACUUUUAAUCCGAGGGUCUGAAUCACGUCAGAAUUUGGCCCGUUUUUUUUUUGACGACAACCAUGGCCGAAUCACCUUCCAAUGUACUCGCCCAGCCUGCCCCUGCCCGUCCAUGGCACUCCCGCGUUCCUUUCAUUCCGACCAAAGCUCGUCCUCCUCCAAGCUCAGUAGACGAUGCUCAUCUUAUUCCUGAAGUCGGGGCAUCAUGGUUUUCGAUCCUCACUUUCUCGUGGAUGACGCCAAUACUUGUUUUGGGUUAUGCUCGGCCUCUUGAAAUCACCGAUUUGUAUCGACUUAGCGACAAGAAAUCUACUGAAGUCUACGCUGAAUCGAUCAUCGAGUCAUUUGAACGACGACGACACGAGUCAGACGCAUAUAACCAGACCCUUGACGAUGGAACGGCCAGGCCACCACCUCACCUUGCUUUUUGGUGGAUCUUGCUCGGAAACAGGGAAGAAAGAACACAACUCUGGAGAAAGACAGCAAAGAGAAAGACUCCGAGCCUCGCGCUUGCUUGUAAUGACGCAGUCUAUUGGUGGUUCGGGUUCGGUGGCCUUUGUCGCCUAUUGGCAGAUGUAGGCAUAAUGACCAGCCCUCUGCUUGUCAAAGCUAUCAUCGAAUUCGCAAGAGAAUCUCACGAAAAACUCUCUGCAGGCGAGGGGUUACCAUCUAUAGGUCCAGGUGUAAGUCUAGCGAUAGGUUUAUGGGCUAUUCAAGUCGCCAUAUCCCUUUUAAAUGCGCAAGCUUAUCAUCGAGGUUACACUACUGGCGUGAUUUUACGCGCAGCUCUCAUUCACGCGUUAUUCUCCCGAUCGCUCAAGCUUACCUCUCGAACACGAUCUACGCGAGGUCUGACUGCCGGAAGGCUCACCUCCAUGAUUAGUACGGACGUGUCAAGAAUUGAUUUCUGCAUGGCUUACUUUCACAUGGCUUUCACUGCGCCGAUACAGAUGAUAAUCUGUCUUAUUAUCCUGUGCAUCAAUUUAGGAUACAGCGCUCUCCCCGGCUUCGCGUUUUUCUUGUUGUUCAGCCCGCUGCAAGGAAGGAUCACGAAAAUGCUCUUUGUUCUACGAAAGAGAAGUAUGGUUUGGACAGAUCGGAGAAUUUCUCUCCUACAAGAGCUUCUCGGCAGCAUGCGUAUUAUCAAGCUUUUCGCGUGGGAGCUUCCAUUCUUGGAGCGCGUCGAGAAGUUCCGUACUGAAGAGAUGAGGUUUCUUCGUUCACGAUUGAUGUUUCGGUCGAUCAAUAACGCUUUGGCUUUUGCAUUGCCCACACUUUCUGCCGUCCUUUCCUUCAUUGCCUUUGCUUUGACCGGCCAUGUACUUGAACCGUCCGUGAUAUUCUCUUCGCUCUCUCUUUUCAACCUCCUCAGGACACCCUUGACCUUCCUACCUGUUUCACUGAGUUCAAUGGCAGAUGCAUAUAACGCGGUUGCUCGAGUGCAAGAGGUGUUCGUUGCUGAGUUGAUGACCAAAAAUAUAAGGGUUGAUCUAGAGUUGGAUGUCGCCGUGUCGGUCAAGGACGCUCACUUCACAUGGGACGCGCCACCCCCGACUUCGAAGCAAGCGGCAGCAACACCUGCCACCAGGCCAAUCAAUAAGGUCGCACUUCGCAAAGUAAAGAAACCUUUCAACAAAAAAUCACCCCACACAAGUGAAGAACUAGCUGAGCAACAGCCGAACGAAAAACAUUUGGAUACGGAACGUCGGAUUUUCAGGCUGAGGAAUAUCAAUCUUUCAAUUCCUCGUGGCCAGUUGUGCGCUAUUGUAGGUCCCAUUGGUGCUGGGAAAUCGAGUUUGCUACAGGGAUUGGUGGGAGAAAUGCACAAGGCUCAAGGCGAAGUUGUCUUUGGGGAACGUGUCGGCUAUUGUCCGCAAAGCGCUUGGAUUCAGAGUACAACAAUCAGAGACAACAUCACCUUUGGUCAACACUUCGAUGAAGAAAAAUACUGGAAAGUCGUCCAAGCUGCUUGCCUCUUGCCCGACCUUGAGAUGCUUACUCCAGGCGGGGACCUUACUGAAAUCGGUGAAAAGGGUAUCUCCCUUUCCGGUGGCCAAAAGCAGCGUAUCAACAUCGCUCGAGCGCUCUACUUCGGGAGCAAAAUCACCUUAUUUGACGAUCCUCUCUCUGCGCUGGACGCUCAGGUAGCCAAAGACGUAUUCAAAAAUGUUAUGCAAGAUGCUCUUGCGGGGACCACUCGAAUAGUUGUAACACAUGCCCUUCACUUCCUGCCCCACAUGGAUUAUAUCAUAACCCUCAACAACGGGGUUGUCGUCGAGGAGGGAUCAUAUUCUGAUCUUAUGGCCAAAAGAGGUACAUUCGCGAGGUUCAUCGAAGAGUUCGGCAGUAAUGGAUCUCAGCAUGAUCUGCACAAAAAAGGAGCUAGGACGGACGCUAAGGAAAACACGACCGACACGGAGGCGCCAAAGAACGACAAGCCGACGAAGAAACUGAUGCAGCUGGAAGAUCGGAACGUGGGAUCUGUUAGCUUCAAGACGUACAUGAACUUCUUCCGAGCGGGUCACCUUCCCUUUACCUUCCCGCUGUUCCUCGUUGCAGUGUUGUUCUUCCAAGGAUCUAGCGUUCUUAGUCCAUAUUGGCUGGUUUGGUGGCAACAAGAGACCUUUUCGUUCGGCCAGGGUAUCUAUAUGGCAAUCUAUGCUAUUCUCGGAUUUGCACAAGCAUUUGGGCUAUUUUCGAUGGGCGCAGUGUUUGCUUUGUUCACGUUCAAUGCAUCAAGAACUCUACACCGCAAUGCUCUGAAGCGCGUGAUGCAUGCACCUGUCUCGUUUUUUGAUACUACCCCUCUCGGCAGGAUCAUGAAUCGUUUCAGUAAAGACGUCGACACUCUGGAUAACAUUGUCGGCGAGGCAAUGCGCCAAUUUCUGGGCACGAUAGUUCAAGUUAUAGGCUCGAUCAUCCUAGUUUCGGUCAUCAUUCCUUGGUUCCUCAUCGCGAUAGUGUUCAUUCUCGUGCUAUACUACUGGAUAACGAUAUUUUACCGGGCUAGUGCUCGAGAGCUCAAGCGUCUAGAUGCCGUGCUCCGAUCCUCCUUAUACAGCCACUUCUCCGAAUCCAUGUCUGGUCUGACGACAAUACGUGCCUACGGCGAAUCUAUACGGUUUUGCAAUGAGAACGCGUCCAGAACCGACUUGGAAAACAGAGCUUAUUGGCUUAGCGUAUCCAAUCAACGCUGGUUGAGUAUCCGUCUUGACUUUUUGGGCUCUAUCAUGGUGUUCGCAGUUGCAAUCAUGGCAGUCGGCACUCGCCUUGACAUAUCUCCUGCACAGACUGGUGCGGUCUUGUCGUAUAUGCUCGUUGUCCAACAGGCCUUUGGAUGGGCCGUCCGACAAAGUGCCGAAGUGGAGAAUAAUAUGAAUGCUGUCGAGCGUAUUCUUUACUAUUCCCAUGCUGUGGAACAAGAACCACCUCAUGAACUCCCUGAAAACAAACCUCCACCACAAUGGCCGAAAGCAGGAUCUAUUGAAAUGUCGGAUGUGGUGGUAAGCUAUCGGCCAGGACUACCGCCAGUCCUCAAGGGUGUCACUUUGGAUGUCCGUGGCGGAGAACAUAUUGGAAUAGUGGGGAGGACCGGCGCUGGAAAGUCGACCAUCACCGUGACUCUCUACCGGAUAAUCGAACUAAUAUCGGGGAGUAUCAAAAUUGAUGGGGUCGAUAUCUCCAAGAUUGGGCUGGCCGACCUUCGGAAGGCAUUAGCAAUUAUUCCACAGGAACCGAUUCUCUUCAGCGGCGACCUGCGUUCUAACCUAGACCCCUUUGGACAAUAUGACGAUGCGGUUUUAUGGGAUGCUCUUAGGCGCUCGUGGCUCCUUGACACCGCGAAAACGGACCGUCUCUCCUUCAGUUCGGCUAGUACUGUUUACGAGGUUUCUCCAAAUCGGUUGACCUUGGAUAGUAAGAUCGAGGAAGGAGGGUGCAACCUCUCUGUUGGACAGCGUUCUCUCGUGAGUCUUGCUCGUGCACUCGUCAAGAAUUCGAAGAUAAUCAUCAUGGAUGAAGCGACUGCGUCCGUCGAUUUCGAGACGGACAGGAAUAUUCAAGAUACUAUCCAAACAGAGUUUGCGGAUCGAACACUACUGUGCGUCGCGCACCGUCUCCGGACGAUUAUCGGAUAUGAUCGCGUUUGUGUUCUUGACGCGGGACAGGUCAAAGAAUUCGAUUCACCGGAGGCUUUGUGGGCGAAGGGCAAUGGUAUCUUCCGAGGGAUGUGUGAAAGUUCAGGUAUUUCUUUGGCUGAUAUAGAAACUGCCAGCCAACAAAAUAAAAUUGUCAAGAACAUGCUAUAGAAUCUACUUCACGAUCGUUCCUUCUAUGACUUGGAGUAUUUGUUUAUGAUAGCGCUACCAUGUAUGAGAAUAUGACUACCUCCACACCAUGACUAGAGUUCCUCGAAUUGCUAUCUCACCACACCUCCACCAUGUCGCAUUUGCAG